CAGCAGGAAGAGGGAGGUGAUACGAACCAGCAGGAAGAGGGAGGAGGGAGGGAGUUCCACCGCGACCGCGAACCAGCAGGUGAGCCGGCGGGCAUGGCACGCCCAGAUCCGCCCUCCUCUGUAGGGGUACGCCACGCACGCUCCUCCCCUCCUCCCUCCCUCCCCCUCUGACAUCGCUUUCCAUUUUCCGAAUCCCAAUCCUAAUCCCUCGGGGCCGUUCUGGUUUCUUCUGGAGAUGCGGUGGAAGCUGAGCACCUCCGCGUACAAGCGCGUGCCGUCCCGGGAUGCCGCCAUGGACCCCGACCUCAAGACGCCAGCAGCGAGGACGCCCGACGGAGGCGCAGGGGCAGCGGCAGGCCCGUCGUGGCGCAGGUUGCUGCCGCACGUGUGCGUCGCCACCGUCACCUCCUUCCUCUUCGGAUACCACACAGGGGUCGUGAACGAGCCGCUCGACAGCAUCUCCGCCGACAUCGGAUUCGCCGGCAACACGCUGGCCGAAGGGCUCGUGGUCAGCAUAUGCCUGGGGGGAGCGUUCGUCGGAUGCCUGUUUAGCGGCUCCGUUGCCGACGGAAUCGGCCGGCGCCGCGCUUUUCAGCUCAGCGCGCUGCCCAUGAUCAUGGGAGCCGCCUUAAGCUGCCCCUGGUUUGAUUCCUCCCAAGAGCGGAUCUGCGCCAAAGGGCAACUUUUCUUGCUCACGCGGAUAACGGCCACUGGCUGCUCCACAACAACGACAAGCACGACGGCCUUGACGAAGUUGUCCGCCGCCGACACUGAAGAGCAAGCCUGCCUUCUCUAGACUUGCAUGACGGGAGGGGAGGGGGUGGCCACUGCCUCCUUCACACACCGGGCCUUGCUGUAGGUACAGGCUUCUCAGGGUGCUACCUCUGUGUUGUAGAUUUUUGCGUGCAUGCGUUGGAGAACUGUGUUGGCAGCCACUGCUUCCUCCGCACACCGGGCAGCUUGCUAGUUUGCAAAGGAGCUUUACGUUCAGGGCAUGGUAUCCCGGUGACUGUGGACAAGACCACCUACAUGGGCACAAAUGUCUUUCAUGCCGCCGCCGGCCUCAGCAACUUGCUGGUCUACCAGUGUCUCAUUAGCUGCUGGUCAGAUCCUACAAAGAAGAAAGGAUUAUUGAACGCUUGCUGCUUCAAGUGUAUGCUUCAUUGUGGGCCUUUUUAGCAACUUGGGUUAUUUCUAGAAGACCUGAAUUCAGUAUGAUGUUAAUAAAUUUUUUUCUGCCUAUGAGCUUGCUGACAAUGUAUUUUAGUUGAGGUUUCAGACAUCAAAUCUACCAUUCCAUCA